AUGCAACUGAAGGAAAGCCAGAGCAGGGGCCUCUCUCAGGUCUUGCCUUCAAUUAGUAGAAAAACACUCCAUCCCAGCUUCAGGAGUCGGCCCCGCCGCUUCUCGCUGCCCACGCUCCCACAGCUGCCGGAGCCGCAACUGCUGCGCCUGCGCCCCACCUCCCUGCGCACCCAGGACAUCUCGCACCUGCUCACCGGCGUCUUCCGGAAUCUGUACACGGCCGAGGUGUUCGGCGACGACGUGAGCACAAAUCUGAUCAAGGCCCGCGGCAGCGAGGAUGACGUCCACGAGGAGUUCGUGGAUGAGCUGCAGCAGGUAACACGGGGCCCCGCUCACCUGAACACAGGUGACGCUAGUGAGGAGCGUAUUUAUGACAAUGACGACACCGACGACGCUGUGGACGAGGGAGGCAAAGCGGAAAAGGCGGGGCCAGCAGCGGAAGUGCCGUUAGCGGCGUCUUAG